AUGGUGAAGCAGCGGCUAACGAGUGCAGAUAUCGCUGCAGAGACGUAUGUGCUGAAGCUGGCCAGGAGCGGCGAGGACGGCGAGAAGGUGUUCCUGCUGAUCGAGAGCGGGGCACGCAUGCACACCAUCGAGGGCAUGCCCGUGAAGGGCGACACCCCCUCCAACUUCACCCUGAAGCUGCGCAAGCACAUGCGCACGCGGCGCGUGGCUUCAAUCCGGCAGCUGGGCAUCGACCGCAUGGUGCAGCUCACCUUUGGCACGGGCGAGGCCGCGCACCACCUCAUCCUGGAGUUCUUUGCCCAGGGCAACGUGGUGCUGACCGACGCGCAGUACGGCAUCCUCACGCUGCUGCGCAGCCAUCGCGACGACGCGGCGGGCCUGGUCAUCAUGGCCGCCCACCCCUACCCCAUGAGCGGGCAGCGGGCGGUGGUGGCCAAGGCCUCCAAGGAAAAGGCGGCACACGGCAAGCUGGAGGCCGUGCAGCGGGACGCCGCGGCCCGGCUGGUCGCCCUGGCCGGGGAGGUGGAGAGCAGCGAGGGCACGGCGCGGCGCAUCGAGGCCAACGCGGAGCUGGUGGAGGCGGCGCUGGCGUCGGUGCGUGAGGCACUGGCGGGCGGCCUAGACUGGUCGGCCUUGGGGAAGCUGGUGAGGGAGGAGGCGACAGCCGGCAACCCCAUCGCGGCAGCCAUCGACAGCCUGAACCUGGACAAGGGCCAGGUGACACUCCUGCUGCCUGAUGCGGGCGGGGACGACGCGGCGGCGGAGGCGACCGGCGAGGAGGAGGAAGGGACUGCGGCUGGUGAGGCCGGGCGGCACGGGCGCGCCAGGCGGCAGGUGGCCAAGGUGACGGUGGACCUGGCCCUGUCGGCCCACGGCAAUGCGCGGUUCUACUACGACGCUCGCCGCAAGCACCAGGCCAAGAGGGAGCGAACGCUGGCGGCCAGCGACAAGGCCAUCAAGGCCGCCGAGCGCAAGGCGGCGGCCCAGCUGAAGCAGGUUCACGCUUCGCCGGUGGCUGCCAUUGCCCGCAAGCCACACUGGUUUGAGCGGUUUCACUGGUUCAUCUCCUCCGAAAACUACCUGGUCGUGUCGGGCAGGGACGCCCAGCAGAACGAGCUGCUGGUGAAGCGGUACAUGAAGAAGGGCGAUGUGUACUGCCAUGCCGACCUGCAUGGCGCGUCCAGCACCAUAGUGAAGAACCACAGACCGGAGGUGCCCAUCCCUCCCUUGACCCUGGCACAGGCUGGUGCCGGGUGUGUGUGCAGGAGUGCGGCCUGGAACAGCAAGGUGGUCACAUCGGCCUGGUGGGUCCACCCAGAGCAGCCACUGGUGGUAGGAUUCGGCCUGCUCUUCCGGGUGGAGGACAGCUGCAUCGCCGCCCAUCUGGGGGAGAGGGCCGUCAAGUCUGGACAGGAUGGGGAAGAGGACGACGCCUAUGUUGCCGCGAACAUGAGACAUGCCCCCCUUGCCCCCUCUGAACCCGCGCCCGGGCAUGAGGGGGAGGAAGAGGAGUCUCCGCGGCCAGACCCCCUGGCCGCCUUCAUGGACUCUGGCCUGGAGGCACUCCCCUCCCUGGGCGGCAAGGGACAGGGCGGCCGUGGGGGGGCCGCGGCGACGCAGGAUCUCCAGGCCCAGUUCCAGAGGUACGGGCUAGGCGAGCGCCCAGGCGCGGGCGCCGAGGUGCACGGCGCGGGGCCGGAUGCUGGCCUGGCGCAGGGUGGACGGCAAGGCGGCAGGGCGGUGCGACACCUGUCUGCUAAGGAGCGGCAGGCGCUGAAGGCUGGCACUCCCGGCGCGGAGGCCGGGCCGGGUCAGCGUGGCGGCGGCAGGGCCUCGGCCGCGGCUGCGCCGGCCGUCGAGAGGGGGCAGGGCGCGUCCGCUCGACGAGGGAAGAAGGUCGGCGGAAAGUACGGGGACGAUGAGGACGCCGAGCUUGCACGGCAGGCACUCCAGUCAGGAGGUCCCACAAAGAGCCGGCGCCAGAGGAAGGAGGAGCACAAGGCAAAGCUGGCAGCAAAGAAGACGGCGCAAAACACGGUGACGGCAAAGCCGACAUGUGAGCCAGAGGCGGGGGCGGGUGUGUCUGUGCAUGCUGACGACGGAGAGCCGGAGGGAGGCCAAGCCGGCAAUGUGGACGAUGCACGCGAGGUGGCAGCCCUGUUGCAGGAGGAAAACAUCCAGCUCCUAGACGAGGAGGACCGCCUACGUCUAACAGACCUGGACGCCCUCACGGGCUUGCCCAGACCAGACGACGUCCUGCUGUACGCCCUGCCGGUGUGCGCGCCAUACCAGGUAUUGACCAGCUACAAGUUCAAGGUGAAGAUGGUGCCAGGGCCGCAGAAGAAGGGCAAGGCCGUCCGACAGGCCAUGGAGCUGUUCCAGAGGGCGGCGGACACGACGAGCCGAGAGCGCGAUCUCUGCAGGGCCGUCCCCGAGCCGGAGGCCGUCAUCACGCUGGUGGGCACGGUCAAGAUCCAGGCGGCCGGUACGCAGAAGCUGAAGCAGGCCGUGCAGCAGCAGAAGAAGAAAAAGUGA